AUACCGUCCCUCUCUCCUUUCUCUCCCUCUCUCUCCCGAGUCCUUCUCGCCAAACCCGCUCGCUCCAACACACCCGAUCCUGCUCUAUCGGGCCGCCCCCCGGGACCAAUCGGGCAAACCCAAUGGCUAAACAUGAAUCAGCGGCCUCGUGGUCGAGGCUCACUCCAUUGCGGAUACCGGCGGGAUUGCGACGAUGGGAUUCGCUGACCGUGGCCCCGGCUGCGGGACUCUGCCGUGUGAGCACUCUCUGCGACGACUAAUCCUCCGCGGCCCUCGUGCUCUCGCCGCGAAGCAAUUGUCGUACAAGAGACCAGUUUCACUCGGGUUUUGAGCGGUUUCCCGGCUUGAAUCGUGUCUUGACUCCCGACAUCUCUGUUCGUCGUCUGUUGGUGCGCAAGAUACCCCCUUUUAUUCAACCUUUAUCAUGGUUCGCCUCCGCGAUGGAAUGUGGCUGCCUGCCGAGGGCACGGCGACGGAGUACGCAGAGGAGGUCUACUACACCACCGAGAUCGAUGGCGGCAAGGGCCUCAGCCUGCUGUGCCCAACGAGGAAGAUCAAAACGCGCGGCCACACCUUGAACGCGAGCACCGUUACUCUUGAUAUCAAAGCCGAGUUUGACGGCGUCAUCUCAGUCGAGGCGACUCACUGGGCCGGCGCGCUCAACAAGGGUCCUCAUUUUGAACUCUUCCCGGAUGGUAGACCAGAGGUCGAGGCGCGGAUCCAGAAGAGCGACAAGGGCACGACUUUAUCCUCAGGCUCGCUGUCCGCAACCAUCCACCCGGAUUUUGACAUACAGUUCCACAGCACCGAUGGCUCCAAGCGGCUGACGUCCCUUGGAAGCCGAAGCGUCGGCCUGGCAUACAACCCUGCGCCAAGCACGCCAAUGCAGACCGGGGACAUGCGCGACUUCAAGCACUACAUGUUUACCCAGACCACGCUCGGCGUCGGAGAAACGAUCCACGGCCUCGGUGAGAGAUUCGGCGCCUACAACAAGGUCGGCCAGUCCAUCUCCCUGUGGAAUGCCGACGGCGGCACCUCCAGCGAGCAGGCCUACAAGAACGUCUCCUUCUGGCUUAGUUCCAAGGGCUACGGCGUCUUCAUCGACACGCCUGGCAGGGUGGAGCUCGAGAUCGGAAGCGAGCGUUGCAACCGCCUCCAGACCGUGGUCGAGGGCCAGAGGCUCAAGUGGUACAUCAUUUACGGCCCCACACCCAAGGACAUCCUGAAGCGCUACACCACCCUCACGGGCAAGGCGGGCAAGGUGCCCAGCUGGAGUUUUGGGCUGUGGCUGACAACGAGCUUCACGACCAAUUAUGACGAGCAGACCGUCAACACAUUUCUUGAGGGCAUGAAGGCCCGCGGCUCCCCUGUCGAUGUCUUCCACUACGACUGCUUCUGGAUGAAGGCCUUCACGUGGACCGACUUCGUCUUCGACUCGGAGCGUUUCCCCGACCCCAAGGCGCAGAUCGCCCGUCUCAAGGCGUCGGGCCUGUGCAAGAAGGUCUGCGUGUGGAUCAAUCCGUACAUCGCCCAGCACGGUGAAGCCUUCAGGGAGGCGGCCGACAAGGGCUACCUCGUGAAGCGCAAGAACGGUGACGUCUGGCAGUGGGAUCUCUGGCAGGCCGGCAUGGGCCUGGUCGACUUCACGAACCCUGAGGCGUGCCGGUGGUACGAGGACAAGCUCAACACGCUCUUCGACCAGGGCGUCGACUCCAUCAAGACGGACUUUGGUGAGCGCAUCCCGACGCUCGACGUCGAGUGGCACGAUAAGACGGUCGACCCCGUCAAGAUGCACAACUACUACGCCUUUAUCUACAACAAGGUCGUCUACGAGGCGCUCCAGAAGCGCUACGGCCAGAACGAGGCCGUCCUGUUCGCCAGGGCCGCUUGCGCCGGCACCCAGCGAUUCCCGCUGCAGUGGGGCGGCGACUGCGAGUCCACGCCCGAAGCCAUGGCCGAGUCGAUCCGCGGCGGCCUCGGCCUGGGACUCAGCGGCUUCUCAUUCUGGAGCUGCGACAUUGGCGGCUUUGAGGGCUACCCGCCACCCUGGAUCUAUAAGCGCUGGGUGGCCAUGGGCCUGCUCUGCAGCCACAGCCGGCUCCACGGCAGCAGCUCGUACCGCGUGCCGUGGGUUAUCGACGACGACGAUGCCGGAGAUGAGGGCUGCUCGCGCACCCUGGCCAAGUGGACAGCGCUCAAGUCGCGCCUGAUGCCGUACAUAUUCGCCGAGGCGCAGGCCGCUAUCGAGCAAGGGAUCCCCCUGUCCCUGCGCGCCAUGUGCAUCGAGUUCCCCGAGGACCCGACGUCCUGGUACCUCGACCGCCAGUUCAUGCUGGGGCCUAGCAUCCUGGCGGCCCCGAUCUUUGACGAGUCUGGCGAGGUGGAGUUCUACCUGCCAACGGGGCGGUGGACGUCCUUCUUCUCGGGUGAGGUCCGCGACGGGCCUGGGUGGUUCAAGGAGACGCAUGGGUUCGGUUCGCUGCCGCUCUACGUGCGCGAGAACACUGUGCUCGUCCUGGGCAGCGAAAAGGCUGUCGGCGCCGUGUACGACUACGUGCGGGACGUCGAGGUCAGGCUGUACCAGGUCAAGGGCGGCGCGAGGGCGACGGUCGUCGACAGUGAGGGCCAGGAGAUCGGUGUGUUGGAGGUUGGCGAGGAUGGCAAGCUCAAAGACACAGCGAUCCUGAAGGGCGAGUUUACCGUCACCGAGGUUUGAGGAAUCAGUACCACUUAUUGGUUGCGUGUUGGUGCGGUUUGUCAUGUUCAUGAGUCUUUGAGGCUAUCAGCAUAUCUAGGGUUAGAUGGCUUAGAACCGGGAUAUUCGGGUUUUCAUCCAGGGGUAACUCAUACCAAGCAGCGGUCCCCCCA